AAAGCUUAAAGUCCAUUUUAGGUUCAUUCUGAAAUCAUACAUCUUGCAUAACAUCAGUAAUGAGCUUCUGAAAGUUAUUGAUCAGUUUAUUGACCUGUUAGAGUUGCGUUAGGAGCAGGUCUGCGUCUGUUAAUGAGACAAAAAUAAUAAAUAUCGUGAUGAGAGGAGCUGUCAGCUGUCUGAUCUGUCCUCCUCUCUGUCUGCUGCCUCUUUAAAUAAAAACCCUGCUAAUGAAAAUCCGCUGUAACCCCCCCUCCAGCCCUCCUCCCCUCGGCCUCCUCCUGCGCUGUGACCGGGUCCGGGACGGCGCAGGAUCCCCGGAUCAGCGCGGGCCGUCCCGGUCGGUCUGUGACGGAGCUGCAGGGAGACGAACACCGGCGGCAGAACCUCCCGUCCCAUCUCUCCAACCACCAUCAGGCUGUUUCCCUGCAAUCUGCUUUCAGUUUGGAGGAUCUCUUUUUGACUUCUGGAAGAAUGAGCACCUACACUGUGUCGCUGCCCGGCCCCGGGCCCUGGGGCUUCAGGCUGCAGGGGGGGAAGGACUUCAACAUGCCGCUCACCAUCUCCAGGAUCACUCCGGGCAGCAAGGCAGCGCAGGGGAGCCUGGUCCAGGGUGACGUCAUCGUCGCCAUCGACGGCGUCAGCACCGAGGGGAUGACUCACCUGGAGGCCCAGAACAAGAUCAAGAUGGCCAAUUACAACCUGGCGCUCACCAUGUCCAAGUCGAAGCGUCCUCCUCCGAUGACGACACCCAGAAUGGACGCAGCGAUUCCCAUGAUCCCUCACCAGCAGGUUUUCUCUCCUGCUGCUCCCAAUGCCGGCUUCAAUCCCAACAUUCUGAAGGACACUGCCCUCUCCACCCAUCAACCCAUAGAGGUGACAGGCCCCGGCGGCAAGGCCACCAUCAUCCAUGCUCAGUACAACACUCCCAUCAGCAUGUACUCACAGGACGCCAUCAUGGACGUCAUUGCAGGACAGUCACAGGCCAAGGGGCACGAUGCCUGUUCUGUCCCAGGUAGGCUGGUGGACAGCGCCUCCCCGGUCUACCAGGCCGUCCAGAGCGCAGAAAAGGACCCGGAUCUGACCGAGUGGGGCCGCCGUAGCACCAGCACGCAGUCCAAGUCCUUCAGGGUGCUGGCCCACAUGACCCAAGCCGAGUCCGCUCUGCAGCAGCAGCAGCAGGAGGAGGAGGAGGAGGAGAUGAAGAGGAGCAGCGGGUAUGGACCUCAGCCUAUGAUGCAUCAGCUUCCCCAGGCCCCACCCCCUCACCAUCCAAUGCCACAGCAGUACCAACAGCCACCUGCACAUCAAGCCCCGCCCACUCAGCAGAGCUCCAUUCAGAUCCCCCUUGGCUCCGGGCCCCCUAAAGUGGUCAGCACGGCCUGCAUCUACCCCUCCCAGCCAGCUCCAGGUCCAGUCCCACCUCAGUCCCAGCCUCCAGCCACUGCCCCGGCCCUGCCUCCAGGUGCUCCUGGUCUGGCCUCCGCUAACAGACCCCCCUGGGUGACCGACACCAACUUCGCUGAUAAGUUUGACCCCAGCAAGAUCACAACUACCUCCGUGAAGGUGCAACCGCUGCCCCAGUCCGCCCCUCCCGCGCCAGCAUACAUCCCCAACCCUUCCCCAGCCGGGCCACCGGCUCCCAGCCCCGCCCCCAUAACUCCUAGUCCUGCCCCUUUCCUUCCUGUGGCGAGGGGCGUGGCCCAAAGGGCGGAGAGAUUCGCCGCAAGCAGCCGUACGCCGCUGUGUGCAGCCUGCAACAGCGUCAUCAGGGGCCCCUUCCUGGUGGCCCUUGGCCGGUCCUGGCACCCCGAGGAGUUUAACUGUCACUACUGCCACGUGUCUCUGGCGGACGUCAGCUUUGUGGAGGAGCAGAACAACGUUUACUGCGAGAACUGCUACGAAGAGUUCUUCGCCCCGACCUGCGCCCGCUGCAACACCAAGAUCAUGGGGGAGGUGAUGCACGCCCUGCGGCAGACGUGGCACACCACCUGCUUCGUGUGCGCAGCCUGCGGUAAAGCUUUCGGAAACAGCCUCUUCCACAUGGAGGACGGAGAGCCGUACUGUGAGAAAGAUUACAUCGCACUCUUCAGCACUAAGUGUCACGGCUGCGACUUCCCAGUGGAAGCUGGUGAUAAGUUCAUCGAGGCUCUGGGUCACACCUGGCACGACACCUGCUUCGUCUGUGCGGUCUGCCACGUCAACCUCGAGGGUCAACCCUUCUACUCCAAGAAAGACAAACCUCUGUGCAAGAAGCACGCCCAUGCCAUCAACGUGUAGACCGCUGCUCCACCCGCUGCUGAUCCCGCCAACACGAGCCCACAGCUUUUACACGUGUCUGUAAACGCUCUGUAUGCAAACACACUCUGGUUUUUGUGCAACUGAAAUGUUAAAAGAUGAUUCUGCUUCUGGGGCUCCUUCUGCUCAUCCGACCAGCUGCAACGUAGAUUUUCAUUUCUGUUUGACCUGAACGCUCAGACGUGCACCAGCUCAGGAGUCUGAAAAAGAGGAUUUCAACCUUCUUUAUGUUAAAUUAUGAUCACAUUUUAAAAUCUGUCAACAAUGAGAUGAUGAAAGAUAAAGAGAUUGAGAAAUCUAUUUAUAAUAACAUGUUUUACUUAAUAAUGGCUCAUUUUUCAUUUUUAUAAAAUUUCCUCACAUUUUUUAACAGCCGUUUACGUUUUAAUUUAUUCAGAUAAAGAAAGAAAGUAACUUAAUGUAAUAAAAUAAAAUAGAAAUAGAAAUGAACGAAGAUCAUUUUAGGAAUUAUUAGUUUAAAGGCUCAUUAAUGCUUCCUUUAAGUACGUAAGUAGGAAGCGUUCUACCUUCAUGUCCAUGUUGUCGUGGUUGUUAGCUGACACAUCCACCAGGGGGCAGCGCAGAGCUCAGAGUUCACCUCCGAGUUCGAACUCAGAUUCAGACAAGAACAAACAUGGAGGCGAUGAAGGAGAGCAUGAUGAUGUUCAGCGCAGUAGGAGUGGUCAGUCUGGGAAUUAAAUACAUCGCGACUUCUUCUCUGUUCCUUUAGCUGGUUUCAACUGUACUGCUCAACACUGCCCCCCCAUGGUUUCUGGUGGUACUGCUGCAUAUCUGCAGGAGCCCAGAAAACGGACCAAAUUACAUACGUAAAGGAUGCAAAAGAAGACAAAAUGUGCUGGGUUUUUUUUUGUUUGUUUUGUUUUGUUGUUUUUAUUUAGCAUGGAACAUACUUGUACCUUGAACCUGCUGUGAAUCAACAGACAAAAAGCAAGACUAUGAUCUCAGAUCUUCUACCACUUCCUACCAAGGAAAUCUGUUAUUUUUAUCAACUUUUUACUACUUAAAAACUGAAAUUAAAAGGUACGCCGUAAAAGCAGAGAAUUGUUGGGCUUUAUACUUCAGUAGUAACUAAAAGGAGUUAAGCACAUCAGGAAUGAGUUUUCAGCGAGCACUUAUUUCCCCGUGUGGAUGGAGCAGAGGUUCGUCGGAGCUGGCGGGGGAGCGAACCUCAACACAACACCGGAUCAUGUGAUGAGACUUGUUCCAGAUGCUCUUAAUGGCAGAGACCUAUGAUGAUGAUGGUGGGUCCUAGGGCAGCAACCCCUCCGUUAACCUUAGGACUGUUUGUGUAUUCAGAGCCAGAAAGAAACAGACUUUGGAAAAACUGAAUUAAUGGGUCAAAAAUAAUUAUCAGCUUUAUUAAUUAAUAAGUUAACAUGAUAACGCAUUAACCCUUUAGGUACCAGAGUUUUUAAAGCUUUGAAGCAAACUGUUAAUGGGAAAAAAGUUGAAUAUGAACAAGAGUUUAUGAUGGAAGUGAAAUUACUCAUCUAAUUUCAUAUUGUGGCAUCACAGGUUAGCAGCCGUACUAGAUUCCAUAAC